CCCAAGGCCACCACGGCGGCCCCCGCGGCCGAGGACGCCGACCUGACGGACGAGUGCCCCGAGCCCAACGGCUACUUCGCAGACGCGUACCAGUGUGACAAGUACUACGACUGCAAGGACGGCAAGAUCACGGAGAAGCUCUGCCCGGACGGCAUGGUGUUCAACGACUUCAGCCCCGAGCACGAGAAGUGCGACCUGCCCUUCAACAUCGACUGCUCCAAGCGACCGGAGAGGCAGCCCCCGAAGCCCGCCCUGCACUGCGUGCGCCAGAACGGCUACUUCGCCCACGAGGAGGCCAACGUGUGCGACAAGUUCUACUUCUGCGUGGACGGCAAGUUCAACAUGAUCACCUGCCCCAGCGGCCUGGUGUACAGCGAGGCGACGGGCACGUGCACCUGGCCGGACGAGGCCAAGAAGAAGGGCUGCUCCUCGCAAGAGGUGCUCAAAUUCUCGUGCCCCAACGUGACCGAGGCGGAGGGCGUGACGCACCCGCGCUACGCCGACCCCGAGGACUGCCAGUACUUCUACGUGUGCGUCAACGGCGUCACCCCGCGCCGCUCGGGCUGCAAGCGCGGCCAGGUGUUCAGCGAGGCCACCAGGACCUGCGACUGGCCGCGGAAGGUGCCGGAGUGCAAGGACUGGUACAAGGGCAUCCUCACCGACCAGGAGCUGGAGGAGCUGGAGAACCCCAAGCCCAAGGUGCGCGACCCCGCGGCCACGGCGGCCCGACGCGGCACCAAGGGCAGCCGGCCCAAGCCCAAGACCGGCGGCAGGCCGAGGGACGAGCCCAAGGAGGAGGAGGCCGAGCCGGCCGAGCAGUGAGGGUGGUGGCGUCACAGCGUCACAGCGUCACCGCGCGGCCCACAUUCGACUGAACCGACUGUUUCGCGAUCUGGGCCGUAGCUACGCCUACGGCCGGCAGCGGCCGCGGUUCGAAUCCAGGUCGGCUGUAAAAUGCGGAGUGAAGCCUACUGCCUACUGCCGCCGGCCCCGAGGCCGAGAACAAUGGCAAGUGAAAACAGGAGUAGUGUUUCGUGCAGAUUCUGCAAUUAUUGUUUUCUAGUCUAAUUGGUUGCACGCGACGAAUGCGACAGAGAAAGGGGGGGAGGGGAGCGAGAUACAGAGAGAGAGAGAGAGAG